AGGUCGGCAGCCAUUGAGCGCCAGGGCCCGAGGCGGCGCCUCACCCGCCCCCUCGCAGGAUGCCAGGCGCCCCGCAGCUGGCGAGGUGGGCGCAGCGCGCGGGGCGCGGGGUUAGAGAGAAGCGCGUGCCCGCUUCCGCUCCGCCUCCGUCCGGGGGCGCGGGCGCGGUGGCCCGGGCGGAGGAUCGCAGGGGGCAGGGCCAAGACAGCGAGGAGGGGCACCGGGGGAAGCGGGAGCGAUAAAAGAAGGCAAGGCUGCCCCACCCCGAGGCAGGCCGGUGGGCAGUCUCUUGCGUCCCUUCCGUCCGGCCUGUGUUGGAGGCGGCGGGGAGGCGCGCGGCCCGCUGCCGGCCCAUGGAGGCUUUCCCUUGGGCGCCACGCUCGCCCCGCCGCGCCCGCGCCCCCGCGCCUAUGGCGCUCGUGCCCAGCGCCCGCUACAUGAGUGCCCCGGGCCCGGUGCACCCGCAGCCCUUCAGCUCUUGGAACGACUACCUGGGGCUCGCCACGCUCAUCACCAGGGCUGGAGACCGGGGCUCCCCGCCCUCCUCGUCCCACUGCUCCUCCCACGAAGGGUCCGGGCCCUUGGCAGCAGGACCCACGCUGGGGCCGCCCGACGACGAGGAGGACGACGAUGGCGAUGAGCAGGGGACCCGGGACGGCUACUUGGGGGGCGCGCUGGAACUGCGCGCGCUAGAGCUGUGCGCCGGCACCGCCGAGGCCGGGCUGCUGGAGGAGCGCUUCGCUGAGCUGAACCCAUUCACAGGGCGCGCCGCCGCGGUACUGCUGAGCUGCGCGCCCGCCGCCUCCGCCGCCCCCACGGCCGAGGUGACGCCGCGCGAGGAGCCAGGCCCUGCGUGGGCGGCAGAACAUCGUCUGCACGCGGCCUCCGGAGCGGCUGCCGCGCGUCUGCUGAAACCGGAGCUGCAGGUGUGUGUGUUCUGCCGGAACAACAAGGAGGCGGUGGCGCUGUACACUACACACAUCCUCAAGGGUCCCGACGGCCGAGUGCUGUGCCCGGUCCUGCGCCGCUACACGUGCCCCCUUUGCGGUGCCAGCGGCGACAACGCACACACCAUCAAGUAUUGCCCGCUCUCCAAAGUGCCACCGCCCGCUGCUCGCCCGCCGCCGCGCAACACAAGGGACAGCCUGCCCAGCAAGAAGCUACGCUAGGGCUGGGCUGCGGACACCUGAAGCCAUGGUAGCGCCUCCUUUCCCCUUUGGCUCAACUUAGGAAGUAGUCUUGGUUUUGCGGGAGCCGGCGGGGCGCAGCACUUUGCAGUGGAGUGGUCUGGUCUCUGACGUUGAAAUCUUGAAUUUUGUCUCUAGUUUCUAAAGCGCGCAACCAGAAUCGUUGAGGGCUGAGCGGGUAUAACACGGGCUCUAAGUGUGGCGACUGAAGCGUUGUUUACUGUAUACGUUGGCCUAUUUUAGGUGCGCAUCAGUAUGAAACUGUCUCUGACUUUGGAUGUUGCGUUUUGUGAAUGGAGGCAUUUUAUUAGCUCUAGAGUAUUUUUAAUAGCCUCUGAACUUGUGUGCAAAACUAACCAUUUUAUGGAAUGUCGGCAAAUGUCUAUUUUAUUGUUUGAUGCAAUUUAUUAAUUUUUUAAGUUUGUCCUUAACUCUAAUUGCAGGUAAACAAUUUAGUACACUUCCCAGUAUCAAUUUGAGAGGAUGUUCCUCCUCGUAGCUUGUUUCUGUCCUAGCUGGGAGGCUUAAAGGCACAAUCUUUAGCAGGUGGAAUAGUUCCUUAACCUUUUAUGUAUGAUAUUCUAGUGAAUUAGCAAGUAGCCCUUCCCACCCUCUUAAAAUUAACUGUGCCAAGUCCUAAUCAUAUCGUGUACAUAUUUGGAAAUGGUGCUGUUUAAGAAGACUUGUGUAUUUAUACAGUGACAGUAUAUGAAUACAUUAAUCUCCCCCUGUAAACUCCUACCUAGCAUCUUCUCAAUGCACCAUCCCCAGACCUGUCCAAUUGUCUGAUGCUGAGAUCCAAGAGAGCAGUGUUAACUCACCUUGAUUGCUCAAUUUCAACUUCUUAAAUAGAAAACAGGAAACUAUGAAGCAAUAACCUGAGUUCCAGAAGGUUCUACUCUGGGCUGUCUGCCUUCAGAUAUACAGAAGGUGUGCCAGAAUAAACACCAUUUAAAGGCUCCAACACCUGGGGUUGGGUACAAGUAUUAUGACCUCCCUGGUGGUGGUUCCACUCUUACUGGUCUGCUUCCAGAACCUAAUCUUCAGGGAAAAUUUCCUAACCCCUUACUUCCAGUACUCCAGUAAAUCCAUCACAUUGAAUGCUGGACUAUGGACAUUGAAUGAUGGGACUAUACCAUCAAGACAGUAGAUGCAGAGAUAAAGGUGGAUUAAGAUAAACUAAGACAUAACACUAAACAACAUUACCUGAAAAUACCAGCCAAGAGUUUAUGUAUAUAAAACUUAACAGUAGUCAGAUUUAGCUAGAGUACUGGGAACAGCUAACUUCCACAAUAAAUGUAAAAAUACUGGUUAGCUCUGUGCCCUAUUGGUAAAAGGGAGGUGCAUCAUAUAAAAAGAUGGGGUUGGUGGAAAGACGUUCUUAACAAGAAAAUAACCAUUAUAGCCCCACAGAAUUGGCAGAUUCCACUUGGCCUGGGUCGCAAACUUAAUAAAACCAUGUAGUUCCUUGUUCUUUUGCUAGAAAAUAAACCAUUUGUUUUGGGGUGAUGUUUUUCAAGUGAACAUAAAUUCACAUUCUCUCCACUAACUGGUCAUGUUUUCCAAGAAAUGAACAUUCUCAAAGGGCAAACUCAAGUCAUUCAGCUCUUUGAAUUGUGGUAGUUCCACCAGAUACAUUCCAAGGCAUGUGUGUAGUGCCAGUACAUGUGACUACAUGAGCGGAACCACUGAUGACACAUACCUAAUGCCAAUUUUUAUUUUCUGACAUCUUACUAGAAAUAGGGAUGUUGAGUUUGCACCCUUGUUCAAUGGUGUUAAGAGGGGUCCGGAAAAUGUCCUCACAUUAGGUAGCUCUUAUAUUAACAGAUGGGUAUAUAGGUACCAGUAGUGUUUCUAAGCACAAAGACCCGAGUUCAAUCCCUAGCACCCACAUUAAAAUAUGGGAAUGGUGGUAUGCUUAUAGUCCCAGUGCUGGUGAGGCAGAGGCCAGCCUUGCUAAAUGAAAAACCCUACCUCCUAAGUUAGGUGGGCUCAUGAAGACUAUCAUCUGAGGCUGACCUCCAUUCACAUACAUACACAUUUCAGCUGCUGUUUUGGUAAGUUUUAAGUCAAAGGUAGCUAUGGUCUCAACCACAGGGGAGACAAAGGAGCCCUGCCUGGGGCUCACUGGUCAGGUAGUCUAACUCCAGGUUUGGAGAACUCCAGAUUCAAAGAAAUAUCUUGUUUACACGCAUGCACACACGCACGCACAAGGGAGCUAACAAAUACUGAAAGUCUACAAUAUAAACAAAAAUAUUAUUGGUUUUUUAGAGUCCUAGAAGAAAUAAACUUAGCCCCUCCUGCCACACAAAAAAACUUUGGAGCCAGGCAUUGUGAUGUGCACCUUUAAUCCUAGCACUCCUGAGGCAGAGAGAGGCUAAGUAAUCCUUGGAAUGAGAUACAACACUUUUAUUUCGCCCAGAAUGAGAGUCUGCAAAAAAUGUUUACAGUAAACCCAAGUUUAGGGCCAGGGAUAUAAUAUACCUCAAUGGUAGAGUACUUGCCUAGAAUGCAAAAAACACUAGGAUCAAUACCAUUAAGGAAGAAAAUGAAACUUAAAUCCCCAAGUUUAAUGCAAAACUGUGACAAGGUUGGCUUCUAAGAAUGCACUGUAUAGCUGGCUAAACCACAAAAGGCACAGCCCUGUCAGCUUCUCCAUGGGUAGAGGCACAGGCUGUAUUAUGCUUUAGCCUGUCCAAACUUGUUAUUCUAAUGGCUUUUACUUUUUUUGUAUUUUUCCUACAAAGUCCUUUUCAGAAGUUAAAUAGCUUUGAUUAGAACUUUUGUCAGAUAUAUUAAACCAAAACUAUUUAUUUAAAAAUCAUCAGAAAUGUAUUUCAGGUUAAUUUUGUUGUCUAAGCCUCAGGGUAAGAACAUUCCCUCCAGAGUAGUUUUUGAGAAUGGGUCUCACCAGCCAAAGCUGACCUGGAAAAUUCAGUAUUCUUCUGCCUUACCCAACAAAGUUCUGAGAUAAAUGCCAUGUGGUACUGGUGGUUCUUGACUAUAUCCCACACAUAGGUGUUCAAACCCCUUCCUGGUUGGCACUCUAUGGACAAGUGUGACAUAGAUCUUCUGAGGGUCCUCUCUAUCUUUCAAGUACAGCUAUAGAAGCUAUAUGGUUCCAUUGUUUACAACUGCAGAAGUCACGGGGCUCACCUGGAGAUUUCCUUUAACCUGUUAAAUGUAUUGGAGGUGUGUGUGCUGUGAUAGUGGGAUCCCAUGAGCUAGACCACUAAGCAACAUUAUCAGAUACUUCUGCUCCUAUACUGUUCUCUCAGUUUUCUCCUAGAACAAAAACAAAACCACUGCAGAAAAUGUCUGGAAACCUUGAAACCUGCUCCCCACCACCCCCCAUGUGCAUUCAGCUAUACAUAGCUGAUUAGAAGAAUCACUUGCUGGGGAUUAUCUGUGGCAUCACAUUAGUGUUUGGCUCACUAGUAAAUGCAAACAUAGCAGGUUACUGCCUAAAUAUAACCAAUGGUCUGUAAGUACUUUACUUGUUAUGAUUAAAUAAUCCCUUCCAUGUUUGAAAUUCCAGUCCUUGGUAACACCAUACAAAAGCAUCCGAUUAAGUAGAAAAGCAUCAGUACUCCCUCUUCUGGCCUGACAGCUAUUUUAACAGUAGAAAUUUUAAACCACUACCAUAAUAAUUUAUAAAGCCU